AUGAUCCUCAAACCUCUAUCCACACCUAGUCCAUCUAGUCACGAGUGUCCAACCACUCUGACCACUCCUGCAGCUCUAUCUGGAACCGCACCACCUUCGGAGUCGUCGCUAACUCGAAAGUGCAAACUAAUCCCAGUACUUCAUAACUAUCUAUUUAUCUCAACAUGCAUCGUUGUACUUCAUCAUCCAGGUCCAACCCAAUCCCAAUACCUCAGUAUUUCAGCUUCUACUGUUACACUUUAUCAUUUAGGUCAAAAAGUCUUCCAACACCCAAAGAUAAUACCUGAACAUUUCAAUGUUCAUCAUCAAACAUCAUCAUUCAACUCCAAACCAAUACCAAUACCACAAUAUCUGAACUUCUAUCAUCAAACUUCGUCAUCCAGACCCAAUUCAAUCCCAAUACCUCGGCCUAAUCCAAUACCUCAGUAUCUCACUAGGCAUCGCUACACUCAUCAUCCAGGUCCGAAAGCCUUUCAACACCUAAUAACAUAUCUGAAUUUUCAUUAUCAAACUUCGUCAUCCAGGUCCAAACCAAUCCCAACACCUCAGUGUCUUGACCUCCACCCUCAAACAUCAUCAUACAACUCCAAACCAAUACCAACACCACAAUAUCUGAACUUCCAUCAUCAAACUUCGUCAUAUAGGCCCAAUCCAAUCCCAAUACCUCAUUCGUUAUCUAGGCCCAAUUCAAUCCCAAUACCUCAGUAUCUCAAUAGGCAUCGUCACACUACAUCAUCCAGGUCCAAAAGCCUUCCAACACCUAAUCCUAAUACCUUAACAUCUCAACCUCAUCUUCAAACAUCAUCAUACAACUCCAAACCAAUAUCAACACCACAAUAUCUGAACUUGCAUCAUCAAACUUCGUCAUAUAGGCCCAAUCCAAUCCCAAUACCUCAGUGUCCAAACCAACCCCAAUACCUCAGUACCUCACUAGGCAUCGCUAAACUUCAUAAUUCAGGUCCAAAAGCCAUCCAACACUUAAUCCCAAUACUUCAAUAUCUCAGCCUCCAUCCUCAAACAUCACCAUUCAACUCCAAACCGAUACCAAUACCACAAUAUCUGAACUUCCAUCAUAAAACUUCGUCAUUCAAGUCCAAACCAACCCUGGUACCUCAGUAUUAG